ACAACAUUCUUCCGAGAGAGUACGUUCCUUAACGUCCGGAGCAAUUAGUUUACCCUUUCCUUGUGUGCUAAGACACUGAAAUGCACGCACCACAGAAAGCGAUAGCCAUAUAAAUUCAGUUCAGCUCCCAAGAAUGAGACAUUCCGAGUUCCCAUCUCGUUCUGGAAUCUUCUCUAGAGUUUGAAAUCCCACGAAAAAUGGGUCCAAAUUGCGUGCAUCUAGCGGCGUUAACGUUCCUUCUCGUGCUGCUAAGUGUGGGUUCGCGCGGUUCUGCUUGGGUAGGCGUGAACUGGGGAACCAUGGCGACGCACCAGCUUCCAGCGGAGAAGGUGGUGAAGAUGCUGAGGGAAAAUGGGUUCACCAAAUUGAAGCUGUUUGACGCGGAUGAGUUGAUUAUGGCGGCGCUCAUGGGGAGUGAUAUCGAAGUGAUGGUGGCAAUACCCAACAACAUGCUCCACAAGAUAAGUAACAGUCCCAAAGCUGCGGAUUCUUGGGUGCGUGAUAAUGUCACCAGUUACUUGUUCACCGGUGGUGUCAAAAUCAAGUAUGUUGCCGUUGGUAAUGAGCCUUUCCUUAAAGCGUAUAAUGGCACCUAUGCGAAGAAAACUCUGCCAGCCCUUAAGAAUAUACAGAGAUCACUUGAUAAUGCGGGUUUGGGUUCAAAGGUCAAAGUCACUGUUCCAUUCAAUGCUGACAUUUACUAUUCACCUGAUUCAAAUCCGGUGCCAUCAGCUGGUGACUUCAGGCCUGAAUGGCGAGAUCUCACUAUUGAAAUAAUCCAAUUCUUAUAUGCAAACAAUGCACCUUUCACAGUCAACAUCUACCCUUUCCUUAGUCUUUAUGGCAACCAAGAUUUCCCUUUUGAUUUUGCAUUCUUUGAUGGAUAUAACAAGCCUCUUAGGGAUGGUAAGGCUCUUUACACCAAUGUGUUUGGUGCAAAUCUUGAUACCCUUCUGUGGUCUUUGGACAAGGCAGGAUAUCCUGACCUGAAGGUUAUAAUUGGAGAAAUUGGGUGGCCAACUGAUGGUGAUAAGAAUGCUAAUGCAAGGAAUGCAAGGAGAUUCAACUUGGGUUUGCUUAAACAUGCUCUGAGUGGAAAGGGUACCCCUAAAAGGAAUGGCACAGUUGACUUGUUUCUAUUCAGCCUCAUUGAUGAGAACACUAAGAGUGUUGCUCCAGGGAACUUUGAGAGGCAUUGGGGGAUUUUUGAGUUUGAUGGCAAGCCAAAGUAUGAAUUAGACUUAACAGGUCAACACAAGGAAAAGGGUCUUAUCCCUGUGGAAGGUAUAAAGUACUUGGAAAAGAGGUGGUGUAUUUUGGAUCCAGAUGUUACUGACUUGGAUGAUUUGGCCAAGAGCAUUGACUAUGCUUGUAGCCUUUCCGAUUGUACUUCCCUUGGCUAUGGCUCUACUUGUAGUAAUCUGAAUCUCCAAGGGAAUGCAUCUUAUGCUUUCAAUAUGUAUUAUCAAGUAAAUAACCAAAAGGAUUGGGACUGUGAUUUCUCUGGUUUGGCUAUCAUCACAAAUGAGGAUCCAUCAGAAAAUGGCUGCCAAUUCCCUGUGAUGAUCGCUCGUAGUUCUUCUUUGCUACUGCAUGGAGGGAUUUCAGACAUCCUUAAGAAAGCAAUGAGGUUAUAUAUUUUUGUCAUGUUUUUGCUAUAGCUGAAUGAUUUUGGAAACCAUAGCGUACUUUGAAAAUGGAUCACGAUGUAAUUUUUCACAUUCAAGUAAAUGCUACUAGUUCUAACUUUUUGAUUUUCACAUUUGGGACAUGAAUUGUUGGUUCUAAAACAUGUUUCCAAGUAAGUGGCAAAAUGUGUUCUGACAGAUCUAGUUUUUCUUUUAGUUUUAGGAGCUGGAUGUCGUGUAAAUUUCACUAUGUACCAUUUUGAAGAAACCUGAGACAUGGAGACAGU